CGCCGAUCUCUCUGCCGGAUACGAUGCCGGUGCCGGAUGCCACACGCCUCGCGCGAUUGCAGCAGCGACCAUCGUUUGCUUGUCAAGAAGGGAGAGGAGAGAGAAAGAAAACUUGCCCACUCUUUCCCAUCAUUUCACUCAAUUAUCGUUUCCUUCUCUCCGCUGCUGCAGCCGCGCUGGUUCCGCGCUCCUGUUCUUCUUGGCUUCUCGCCAUGGGGAGGAAAGAGGGUCGGAGGAGAGAGAUUGACAGGGAUCUGCGGGUUUCUUGCGUCGGUUCCGGGGCUUGAUGCGUGAGAGGAGCUUCUGAAGUCGCAGGAAAAAAUGAAUGUCUUGUGUGAAGUGUGUGGAGAUGUUGGUUGGGAAGAACUUAUCUUGCACUGCAACAAAUGCAAGAAUGCAACUAGGCACCAAUACUGUUUUGAUCCAGUUAUUUAUGAUGGAUCAUUAGUAGAGUGGUUAUGUGAUGAUUGCCUACCAAAUGGCAAUGAAGUGGGCAACUUAUUAGAUAUAUCUAAUCAAAAGAAAUCAAGUCAAACUGAACUUGGUUUCUCUAUAACUAAGGAAACAAAUGUGAAGAAGAUGAAACUAACAAAGGGAUUAUGGUCAUGGGGACAUCAUCGAAAUAGAUCAUUCAAGGCAAGAUGUGAUGGUAGUGAUUCAAAGACUAAGCAUUUCGCAAGUGGAAAUGCAUUUAGUUCUUCCGAAGUGGUCACCGGGGAAAUAUCCAAAAUAAAUGAUUGUGAGAUGGAAGGGAGAGGUAAAAAUGAAUAUUCAAGCCAUUCAGCUUUGGACCAUGCUUCAAGAGUUGAACAACACAUCAAUAUACAAAAUCCAAUGGGCAUUAUAAAACCUAGUUUGAACUCUAUUAAGAGAUUAAACCUCUCGAAUGAAAAGGAUGACCGCUUUUCUUCAUCCGACCAUGUUGAGGGAUCCAUUCCCCAAGUUAAUCAUGUUGAGCGAGCCCAUCUAAUGAUUGAGGAUGGUUCUAAUCCUACAUUUACAUGUGUGGAACAUAUGGAUUUGGUGCACAAAAAGCAAUUAUUGCAACCUUCCUCUCUAGAAAGAAAUUCUAUAGGCACAUCAAUACCAUGUUCGGAGAAUAUGGAUGUGUUGCACAAGAUGCAACUCUUGAAACCUUCCCCUCUAGACAAAAAAUAUGUGGACAGAUCCAUACCGAACUCAGAAAAUAUGGAUGUGGUGCUGAUGAGAAGGAGCUGUACAUUGAAUAAUUCAAUGGGCAGUUGUGAAAAACAAGUCGUAACCAAGGUGGAUCCGAUCGAGCCAUCAAGGCAAUUUGAUCGGGCUUGCUUGGAGGUCUCUUCAAAUGCACAUGAGAUACAUGAGGCUGAUGACGGUUCUAAAGGCGCUCAAAGUAUCAAGAAUGGCAAGCCGAAGAAACAAAGACGACUUAUUUUACCAUAUGAGGAAGAUAAAGAUGCCGAGCCCAUCCAAGUAGAUGACAUGAAUCGCCAAUCUUGUGGGAUUAAUGGACAAGUGAAGAAGCCUGUGGAAAUUGUUGCAUCUCUUGGGGAUAUAAAUGCUGGAUGCGGUCAGAAUGUUUGUUCACAGUUAGCAUUACCAACUAUAGCUGUCAAGGGCCAAUGUGGCCUAUCCAGUACACCAUUCAUACCCAAAUAUUUUUGUGUGCAACCCAUUGAUGAACCUAAUUGGACUGGAAUCAUGAAGAUAGGUACAAACUACAUUCCAGUGGGUGCACACUUCUCAAACAAAGCAUGCAAGAAGGUGUGUGAACUAUCUAUGUCGUUGCCACAAAUAAUGAAAGUGACAGAGCUCCCUAAGUUGAAAGCCUGGCCUAAGAGUUGGGAGAAGGCAUCAGUACCUAGUGCUGAGAGUAUUGGCUUAUUUUUCUUUUCACAGAAUACGAGGUCAAAUAAAGAAUUUGAUGACCUAGUGAAGCAUGUCAUUGAUUAUGAUAUUGUUCUAGAAACUGAUGUUAGUUUUGCCAAGCUGCUAGUCUUCCCUUCUGUUGUACUUCCAGCUGAAUAUCGGGUAUUCCAAGGAAAACACUAUUUGUGGGGAGUGUUCAAACGCAGUAAAGAUAUGGCUGAAAGAGAUGCCUUAGUGGAACAGAAUUGUACGACAUGUCUGGCAGAUGAAGAUGUCCCAGAACAGAAUGCCUUAGAUAUUGUGCCAUGUAAAGCCCUGGAUCAAGAAAUGGCGCUUGUUGUGAGCGAUAUACAUCAUGAUAAUCAACCAUCGCUAACCACAAGCCAAGUGGUAGAAAGCGAGGCUUCAUCUGACAAAGGCCCAUCCCAUCCUGUGAUUAACUCCCCUGAAAGACCCAUGUACCUGAUUUUGGAUACAAGUUGCAAGGUCCUAAAGAAAUGGAGCUGCGAAAGGAUGGAUACGAAGUUAUCGAUGCUUUAGUUACCCUCCAAAAAGAAAAAAAAUCCAUCCUACAUGCAGUCCUCCCUGUUCCAUUUUAGAAGAUUCAGCAUCCGAGCCGUUUGCCUUCAUCAUUCCACAGACAGCAUCGAUCCAAGGAGCUUAUUCAAGAGACUGAAAAUGAAGAUGGACUGUUGUUUUUUGCACACUGGGUUGGCGAAACCUUGGCCUAGGAGGCACUGAUAAUGGUGUAGGACAAGAACUUGGUCAUGAUGAUCGAUCGUGUCGUGGUUACUGUUUCUAGUUAUGGUGCAGCACAUUGACCCCUCUCCUGGGGUAAAAGCGCAAGCUAUGAAGUGGUCCUAAAACUUUUUACCAUGGAGCGAGUUCAUUGCGCCUUUGGUGGCUAUGUGCUGUUUUACAUGAAUCUCUAGUUAAACCUCCUUUUUUUGAUGACCGAGCUGUGGACUGUAGUUGUCCCUGGCUGUUCAGGAUGUAUCAUCCUACUCAAUCAGAGUUGAAUUGCCCCCAAAGUUUCACUGCACUCUCUGGUGAUUGUCAUCAGUAAAACUUGCAGCAUGAAUUUGUACAUGAUUCUUAAGCAACCUCACCUAGAACUGUCAUGCAUGAAGUGCCAUCACUACUCUGCAAGUCUAUUUGAAAAAAAGUUGGUUCUAAUC